AUGUCUAAAGCUGUCGGAAUUGAUUUAGGAACCACAUACUCUUGUGUUGCUCACUAUGCAAACGACAGAGUUGAAAUUAUUGCUAAUGACCAAGGUAACAGAACUACACCAUCUUUUGUUGCAUUCACUGAUACUGAAAGAUUAAUUGGUGAUGCUGCCAAGAAUCAAGCUGCUAUCAACCCUGCCAACACUGUUUUCGAUGCUAAACGUUUAAUUGGUAGAAAAUUUGAUGAUGCUGAAGUCCAAAACGAUCUUAAACACUUUCCAUUCAAAGUUGUUGACAAGGGUGGUAAGCCAAACAUUCAAGUUGAAUACAAAGGUGAAACCAAGGUUUUCACCCCAGAAGAAAUCUCAUCCAUGGUAUUGGGUAAGAUGAAGGAAACUGCUGAAGGUUACUUGGGUGGUACUGUUAAAGAUGCUGUUGUUACUGUUCCAGCUUACUUUAACGAUUCUCAAAGACAAGCUACCAAGGAUGCUGGUUUAAUUGCUGGUUUGAAUGUUUUGAGAAUUAUCAACGAACCAACUGCUGCUGCCAUUGCUUAUGGUUUGGACAAGAAGGGCUCAAAAGGUGAACACAAUGUCUUGAUCUUUGACUUGGGUGGUGGUACUUUUGAUGUUUCAUUGUUGACCAUUGAUGAAGGUAUUUUCGAAGUUAAAGCUACUGCUGGUGAUACUCACUUGGGUGGUGAAGAUUUCGAUAACAGAUUGGUUAACUUUUUCAUCCAAGAAUUCAAGAGAAAGAACAAGAAGGAUAUUUCUGGUAACCAAAGAGCAUUGAGAAGAUUAAGAACUGCAUGUGAAAGAGCAAAGAGAACCUUGUCAUCAUCUGCUCAAACCUCAAUUGAAAUUGAUUCAUUGUAUGAAGGUAUCGACUUUUACACUUCAAUCACUAGAGCUAGAUUUGAAGAAUUGUGUGCUGACUUAUUCAGAUCCACUUUGGACCCAGUUGAAAAAGUUUUGAAGGAUGCCAAGAUUGACAAGUCACAAGUUGAAGAAAUUGUCCUUGUUGGUGGUUCAACCAGAAUUCCAAAAGUUCAAAAAUUGGUUUCCGAUUUCUUCAAUGGUAAAGAAUUGAACAAGUCUAUCAACCCAGAUGAAGCUGUUGCUUACGGUGCUGCUGUCCAAGCUGCCAUCUUGACCGGUGACACUUCAUCCAAGACCCAAGAUAUCUUGUUGUUGGAUGUUGCUCCAUUGUCAUUAGGUAUUGAAACUGCUGGUGGUAUCAUGACCAAAUUGAUUCCAAGAAAUGCUACUAUCCCAACCAAGAAGUCCGAAACCUUCUCCACCUAUGCUGAUAACCAACCAGGUGUCUUGAUUCAAGUGUUUGAAGGUGAAAGAGCCAAGACCAAGGACAACAACUUGUUGGGUAAAUUCGAAUUAUCUGGUAUUCCACCAGCACCAAGAGGUGUUCCACAAAUUGAAGUUACUUUUGAUAUCGAUGCCAAUGGUAUCUUGAAUGUUUCUGCUUUGGAAAAGGGUACCGGAAAGACUCAAAAGAUUACCAUCACCAACGAUAAAGGUAGAUUAUCCAAAGAAGAUAUUGAAAAGAUGGUUAACGAAGCUGAAAAGUUCAAGGAAGAAGAUGAAAAAGAAGCUGCUAGAGUCCAAGCCAAGAACCAAUUGGAAUCAUAUGCUUACUCAUUGAAGAACUCAUUGUCAGAAGAACAAUUCAAAUCUAAAUUAGAUGCUUCUGAAAUUGAAGAAGUUACCAAGGCUGCUGAAGAGACCAUUAGUUGGUUAGACUCUAACCAAACUGCUACUCAAGAAGAAUAUGCAGACCAACAAAAGGAAUUGGAAUCCAAGGCUAACCCAAUCAUGGCUAAGGCUUACGGUGGUGCUGCUCCAGGUGGUGCUCCAGGUGCUGGUGGUUUCCCAGGUGGUGCUGCUCCAGGUGGCGCUGCUCCAGAAGCAUCUGGUCCAACUGUUGAAGAAGUUGAUUAA